AUGAAUUAAUUGGAAUCAUUGUUAGUAAAAAGCCCAACUAAUCAAUAUAUAGUAUAUAAUAAGAUUCUUGGGAGGGGAGCAUAUGGAGUUGUAUUAUUGAGUAAAUAGAUUAAAUAAUAACAAUUUUAUGCUAUAAAAAUAGUAAUAAUAUUUGUGAUUGAAGAUUUCCAAAAAAGUCUUGGGUAAAAUAAAUGGGGCAUACAAUAUGAGAUAAGAAAUUUUAUUUCUAUCUAAAUUAUAACAUCCAAACAUUAUAAAAAUGUAUGAAUCUUUUGAGGAUGAAAACUAUUUUUAUAUAGUUUUAGAAUAUUGUUCUAAAGGAAAUUUAUAUUUAUUACUUAAGUAAUAAGGAACAUUUUCUGAAGAAAAAGCAUAUAAAUACUUCAAUUAAAUUUUGUAAGCAAUAUAAUUUAUGCAUAAAAGAUAAAUUAUCCAUCGAGAUUUAAAAGUUGUUAUAUAUAAAUAUUUUGUAAUAGUUGGCAAACAUUUUAGUAACAUCAGAUGAUAAUAUAAAAAUUUGUGAUUUUAAUUGGGCAACUGAAUUAACUGAUGGCAAAGCUGAUCCAGUUCUAUGUGGAACUGUAGAUUAGAUGCCACCAGAAGUAUCUUCAUUUAGUUAUCAUGAUACAAAAGUGGAUAUUUGGAGCUUAGGAGUAUUGUUAUAUGUAAAAUAUCUAAUAUAAUAUAAGGAAAUGAUACAUAAUAGUCUUCCAAUAAUUACAUUUGUAACUGAAUUAUCUUUUGGAAGACAUGUAAGUGAAGAAGCAACAAUAUUAUUAAGAGAUUUAAUGAGACUUGAUAAAAGUUAAAGACCAACAGUGAGUGAAAUCUAUUCUUAUAAAUGGAUCAAAAAUAAUAUUUCAAAAUAAAAGGUUUAAUCAACAAAUUAAAGUGUAUGUGUAACACCAAGACACUCAAAAUAAAAUAGUUUAGAUCUAAAAGAUUUAACUAAAAAUAUCAGAACUGAAAAUUGA